AUGGCUACCAAUUCCGCAGAUAGAAGAGAGUUACUGAUGCCAACGAAAUAUCAAGACAGAGAAAACAAUCCAGAAAGAACCAAGAUGUUAAACCUACUAAAAUCAAAAUCCGAGCAGAAAGUAGGUGUUGGUUACUACCUCACACGGAAUGGCCAAUUUGAGCAUCCUCAUUUCAUGGAAGUCCCUCUCUCUUCUCCCCAAGGACUUCAACUCAAAGCUUUUGAUAUAUCUCAAUGUUGCCUUGGAUUUGGUAUUUUAUCAAGCAUGCUAGAGGCAGAAUAUCCCUUCAUUUGGCAAAUUGGCCUAAACAUCCCCGGUCCUUUUUUUGAAUCAAAGAAAUUUGAAUCUUUUUUCAAAACAUCAAGAAAGACAUUCAACUACAUCUGCUCCCUUGUGAAGGGAGACCUGCGGGCAAGGCAAUCAAACUUCACUGGUUCAAAUGGGAAGCCACUGUCUGUAACUGACAAAGUAACUUUUGCUUUCAGGAGGCUCGGCUCUGGCGAAUCAUUGUCAAACACUGGCGACUUGUUGGGGAUCAACCAAUCAUUUUUUUCUCAAAUAACCCGGCGAUCUGUGGAAGCAAUGGAAGAAAGAGGUCUGCACCAUCUUUGCUGGCCUUUCACAGUAACAGAGAUUGAAGAGAUUAAAUCAAAUUUUGAGAAAUUAUGUGGCCUGCCUGAUUAUUGUGGUUCAAUUGAAGCUACCCGCAUUGCCAUGACUCCAACAGUGGACCGAUCAAAUGGUGUAUGGAUUGAUCGUGAGAAGAACCACAACAUGCUCUUGCAAGCAACAGUGGACCCUGACAUGAGAUUCUGUGGUGUAAUUGUUGGGUUCCCAGGUAGUUUAAGUGAUGCACUUGUACUGCAGAACUCGAGUUUCCACAAGCUAUCUAAGGAAGUGAAAAGGCUAAAUGAGAAAAAAAUAGAACUUCAAGAAGGAGUGGAGUUGGGGAAGUAAAUUGGGGGCUCAGGUUUUCCCCUAUUGCCAUGGCUUCUUACUCCUUAUCAAAGCACUCUGGCGAAGUAUAACAAGCCACAUUCUGCAACUGGAGUUGUAGCACAGAUUGCAUUAGCUAGGCUGAAGGAAAUGUGGAAGAUAAUUCAUGGGGUAAUGUGGCUGCCUGGUAAGAAUAGGUUGCCAAGGAUUAUUUUUGUUUGCUGCUUGUUGCACAAUAUUGUUAUUGACAUGGAGGAUAAGGUGCUUGAUGAGCUUCCUUCAUCUCAUCAACAUGACGCAGAUUACCGGCAACAAAUUUGUGAGACUGCCAGCAAGACGGGCAUUGUUAUGCGAGAACUUUCUCUCUACCUUUCUCGAAAAUCAUCAUCUUCAACACUCUCUUCCUAAUGAGUUCUGCCAUAUAGAAAGAGCUGGAUGCCCUUUGGUUAAUUUGUUUAACAAAAGCUUUUGUGAAUCCUAUGAUGUUAAU